GACCAAUCCUGCUGGUUCGGGGGCGGGAUUUCAGAGCGACGCGCCUUAGUGACUAUAAAUACCAGCUCUUGCGCUCUCCUCUCAGUGUAGAAGACUGACGUGACAACCGCUCCAGCGAUUUAACCGGAAAACAAACACACAAGACUGCAGGCGAAAUAUGGCUCGUACCAAGCAGACCGCUCGUAAAUCCACCGGAGGAAAGGCGCCUAGGAAGCAGCUGGCCACCAAGGCUGCAAGGAAAAGCGCGCCAUCCACUGGUGGAGUGAAGAAGCCCCACAGAUACAGGCCCGGUACUGUUGCUCUGCGUGAGAUCCGUCGUUAUCAGAAGUCCACUGAGCUGCUCAUCAGGAAGCUGCCUUUCCAACGACUUGUGAGGGAAAUCGCUCAAGAUUUCAAGACGGAUCUGCGUUUCCAAAGUGCAGCUAUUGGUGCUCUGCAGGAAGCCAGUGAGGCAUACUUGGUUGGACUGUUUGAAGACACCAAUCUGUGCGCUAUUCACGCAAAGAGGGUUACCAUCAUGCCAAAGGACAUUCAGCUGGCCAGGCGAAUUCGAGGAGAGCGUGCAUAAAUGAUUGGUUUUUAUUGUUUUAGUGGGGAGGGGGGGGUGUUUUGUAAAUCUUGGAAAUAUUACCAGCAUGUGUACCCUCUAAUCUGUCCUGUGUAGGUAUGUUUCACUUUUUGUACUUCAUUUUAUCUUUUACUUUCUCUGACCAUUUGCUGUAGAGUACUGCUUAUUUGAAAAACAAGUUUCCCCACUGCCUUUUCUCAGGUUCCCAAAAUUAUUCUAGAAACUGGUACCAUUUCAUCCUGUGCAUGUUGAGAUUUCUUUCUGUGCUGUAAAUAAACUUUCCGCUACCUCA